CCGGCGCGCGUCUCCCCGUACAAUUGCAGUCACGUGAGGAGGCCGUACGGACGCACAGUAACGCCCAUUAACGCCCAUACGACUUUGUUUACGAAUGACUCGGGAUGGCUCUGCUAUCGUUGCUUGCACUAUGCGUUGUCAUGACUGUUGCAUCCCUAGCCGUCGGCAAUCUACCUCUUUUCUUCACAUUAACAGAUGAGAAUGCGCAAAUUAUACAUACCCUGGGAGCUGGAGUUCUCGUUGGUUCCUCCCUAGGGAUCAUUAUACCGGAAGGAAUCGAGACUCUAUACACUUCUGGAGCAGAUCAUGUCGCAGAGGUAACCGAAAAAGGUCAUACUCGACGAUGGUCUCUGCCGCAGAGACUGGAGCCAACGCUGUGGUCGACUGAUCCAUCCGCAGACCUGUCGCAAGCUCUCAUUGCAAGAAGCGAAACGGAAGUCAUUCCGAGCGAAAAUGAGCUUUCUGCACCAGCGUCGCAAAAAGUUGAUGCAAACGCUGAGACAUCGCCGCAUGAAGAUGAGCAAGAUCACGGAUCAUCGCCGCAUGCCUUCAUUGGCAUUGCAUUGAUCUGCGGCUUCAUGCUCAUGUACCUCGUUGACCGCCUACCGAAGGACAUCUCGGCGAGCUUCUCCCGGAAGAGCAAAUAUCAUGUCGCGGUUGAUACCUUGAAUUUGCGGGCACUUCCCACGACAAAUGGACCGGACCAGGAGGACGAGGGAGCGCAGAGCCCUACUGGCCGCAGUGCGUCUACAAUGAUUGGCCUGCUCAUACAUGCUACGGCAGAUGGUAUUGCAUUGGGCGCAUCGUCGGCGACAUCCAACGCAGCUCUCGAGGCAAUCGUGUUCUUUGCCAUCAUGUUACACAAGGCACCCGCCGCGUUCGCACUCAGCUCUGUCCUGCUUAGCUCGGGCUAUUCAAAACGGCAAAUCCGACAGCGGAUUUUCAUGUUUUCUAUUGCAGCACCAGUAGGUGCUGUUAUGACAUGGCUCGCCGUAUAUAUCCUUGGCGGGGGUGGCUACAUUGAGACAGAGCGUAUGAAGUUUUGGACUGGAUUCUUGCUCAUUUUCAGCGGAGGGACCUUUCUCUACGUAGCGAUGCAUGUUAUGCAGGACCCUACUCAUCAUGUCGAGGAGGGCAAGGAAGGUCACGCAGAUACUUCACGAAACCGUGAGGGCUCUCUGCGGGAUACAUUGAUUUUCUGUUGUGGGAUGUCUUUGCCAUUCCUCCUAGCGAUGCUGGGAGGGCAUGGCCAUUGACCUGCUGGGAUAUUGUUUGACGUAGAG